GGUGAUAUCAUUUGGUGUCCAGGAAUUCUGCUGAGCAGUGAAAGCUGUAAAAUUGUCCGAAGACAUUAUUUGAUAAAAGAAACUCACACAAAGGAAGACACGAUGAACAUCUAUAUUUCAUGCAUCAUCAUUGGGUUUUUAUCAUCCGUUCUCACUGUGAGGAGCAACAUCUUGACCAUGGAGCAGCUUCACUUAGUCCUCUGUGUGGAAACCAUCGCACACAGAUAUUUCACACCGGGGCAUCCUCUCAUCGUGUCACUGCCUGCCACAGCGGAAGAAUCAACAAGCAGGCAACUUAUUCAAACUACGCCCCACAAGGACGAUUUACAAUUGGUGAACUUCAUGCUGCAGAAGCUAAACGAGGGGACAAGAUGGCCAAUUGAACUAUUUCGACCCAACGAAGAUGAGAUCGCGGACGCAGCAGUUUUACAUCACAGCUAUAUUCUGUUUGUGUGGUUGGAGGAGGAAGCGAGUCUCAACAAAUCUCUUGAGAAUCAGGUAGAAUAUCUCAAAUACAGCGCAUCAUGGAACCCUCGCGGACGGUUUGUCGUGGUGAUGACUGGCCACAGCGGUCAACAACUGCCCCAAAUAGUAGCUACUCAUGUAUGCGCCAUUCUGUGGCAGAUGAGCAAAAUUGUCAACGUAGUGGUUCUGAUUCCAGGCCAAGAAGCAGAUCCUCCUCUGACUACUACGGGCAACAAACACAGAAGAGGAACUAAUCUGCUGAACUUGUACACUUGGUUUCCAUACCACAUGGGAAGUUGCGGAGAAGUUGGAGAUGCAGUUUUGCAAGUUGAGUGGGUUUGUGAGCACAACGGAAGAUUUUCAGGAGAUGUGAACUUGUAUCCCGAAAGAGUACCAAAAGAUCUUAUGGGUUGUCCCAUUAGAGUGGCAUCUGUAGGAAUUGAACCAUAUUUGAUUUUGACAGAUAAUUACACACGGAAUGAUGGAAGUGUUGAGUACAAACUAACAGGAUUAUCUGUGGAGAUACUUCGAGUGGUGUGUAAGAAAAUGAACUUGACAACAAUUUUCCUUUCACCUUCUAUAGGAAUGAAAGAAGGCCCUUAUAUGAAAGAGGCAUCUGACUUACAAGACGAUAUAUCAGAUGUUCUUACUGGUGUAGUUCCACUCUUAUCACAUACUAUGUCAUCAUUCUUUGAUCCAACAAUCCCCUACACACAUUCGGAAGUUAAGAUGCUUGUCCCUUGUCCGAAACAAAUUCUCAUCAAUGUUCUUGUUGCCUUGGGGACUUACACGAAAUUGUAUUCACGUGCUUAUGAACCAUGA